AACAUCCCGCUGUUUCUCGCGUUUCAUUAUCAAUUGAAAGACUACAAAAACCGAGACUCGACCUUUGGCAACUUCUGCAGGCCUGUUUUAUCUCUUGACAUAAUUCUGGAUGCAUCCGACUCUCCAUCCUCUCUUUUACCGGUGGCAUUGGCCCUCGUCGGCCUAGAAGCAGGGAACCAUGGACGAAACACAUCCCAUUCAACCGCCAUCUACCUACCAGACUCUAAAUGGAGCGCAUUCCUCGCCGAAUCGAGAUCCCUCAUCCGAUGGGAAAAGAUGUACCCCAAAUGGCGUCCAUAUCCCAGCCUCCGGCAGCCUCAGCACCCCUACCCGAAGCGACAACCAAAGUCCCAGCCGGCAACUACUCUCCGAUUCCCGGCGUUAUAGCUCGAGAAAGAUGACCCGCGAGUCCCUCGAGAGUCCCUCCCAACAACUGCUCAUCGAGGUCAGCCGCAUGUACCAGGAUGAGGCGCACCAGUUCCAAAUGAAGCUCGAACAGAAAGACGCUGAGCAACGCAAGGCGCAUCGAGCGGCGCUAGAGCAAGCGGCGCGGGAACAUGAGAAGGUGCGCCAGGGUGCGGAGCGCGCCCGGCAGCUCUUCCUCAUGGAGGCGGAGGCGGCGCAGAAGCGGAGGGAAGAGGCGGAGAUCCAGGCGCUGGAGACGGCGCGGAGAAGGAAGGAGGAGCAGGAGGAGCGGCUGCGGCGGCAGAAGGAGAUGCUGGAGAUGCAGCGGAGGGAGGACGAACGGCAGAAGAUGGAAACGAGGGAACGGGAGAUCCAAGAGGCGGCCGAAGAACGGCUACGGGUCGAAUCGGAGGCAAAAGCGAAGGUCGAACGAGAAGCGCAGGAGAAGGCGAUCCGUGAAAAGGCAGAGGCGGAGCUCAAGGCAAAAGCACAAACGGCGGCCGCGAAACCAACGACCGCCGCUGUACCAGCAAGACUGCCAGUGACACCCUCGACGUUACUGUCGCAGUCCAACGCCAGUCCGUCCGGGCUACCGAUCGUAUCCGCCGUCGCGGAACGAGAAGCAACCCACAACGUCUACCUCGAAAUCCACAAGAACCUGAAAGAUCUGCGGAAGUUCGUCGUCACGGAAUCCAAGAAGGACCCCAAGCUCAAGAUCGAACUGGGAGAGAUGCGACGGGAAAUUACGAAGACGGUGGGAACCAUCACGACGGAGAAUUCGAAAAACAUCCAACGGGCCAACCACAUCCUCACCAUCCUCCGCAAUUCCAUGGUCUACCCCUCUCCCCCCGUCCCCGCCGCCAAAUAUCUCCCCCCAUCCCACCUCCCCACCUCCCCCUCGCAUCCCCCCCUCCUCCCCUCCCUCCUCCUCUACUACACCUCCAUCCUCUCCAAAACUCUCCUCCGCCAAUUCAGCACCGAAGCCAGCAUCGCCCCCUCCGCCGCCGACCCCAUCGCUUUCCUCGCCGCCACCAUCUUCUCCGACCCUUCCAUCCAACCCUUCGGAACCUCCCUUCUCCCCAUCCUCCUCGCCAAACUCCACCGCCACGCCCCCGUCCUCUUCGGCAUCUACGGCCCCGAAAACACCCGCGCCGGCCGCGCCCGCCUCGGAUGGCCCCGCGAUGGCCCCGACGGUUAUGUCUCCCCGCAGGACUACGCGGAGUCCCUCGCCGGCCUCGCCGCCGGCUACGCGGCCCUCUCCCUGCGCGACUUCUCCCGCUCCAAAAAACAGAACCCCUUACCCAACCGCGAGUUCUGGACGUGCUUGGCCCGACUCGUCAACACGCCGCCGGAAGAGGCGGGGGAGAGCCACUUCGUCGCGGUGAAGGGGCUGAUCAGCUCGGAGAAGUUCGCGGAGCGCGUGGUGAGGUUCUGGGGGGAGGCGGGGCGGGCGUUGUUGAGGAGGGCGGUGAGGGAGUGGCCGGAGGAGUGUCGGGCGCGAGGGGCGAAGCGGGGGUCGGGGUGGGCGGCGUUGUUGGUGGUGCCGGAGGUGUGGGAGAAGGAGUUGAAGUUGGUGGUGUAGAGGUAGAAGGCACCAAGCUCGCGGCUCGAGACGCGACGGAUCUUUGAUUAUGGGAGGGUGGGAAAUGUUGGUGAGCAGCGGCUAAGACUCGGCCGUGAACGCGAGAUAGAAGGAGGAGGUUGGAGGGACAGAAUGAUGUUUGAAUGAUACCCCCAUCGCAAUUGGGACAGAAACGGGCGCCGUAUUUGGCAUUCGGAGGCGUUUCAUAGGCAUUUUGACUGGACGUAGGCCAAGUCCAGCAUAGAACGAAUGGACUACUUCGCGACUUACAUAAACGACACGUAUCCAAAAGCGAAGUAACUAAACCUAUUCGUUCACGUCGGCCAGACAUUCGACUACAGAAAUCCAGGUCAAACCAACGACCAGAUUCGAUCACAAUCGAAACUAUUUAAUAAGCAAC